CUUGGUAUUGCUUACAUUAUGGGGACUGAAACCUGUUAACACACUCGCAUUGUGGGGACGGAUUACCCCACAAGGAAGGUCCCCAUGGUUAUUGAAUUUUAGGAUGGCAAUUUUAAGGUUAGGGCAAAGUUAGGCUUAGGUUAAGCGUUAGGGUCAGGGUUAGGUGCUAGGCAAGUAGUGGUUGUGGUUAAGAUUAGGAUAAGUCUACAGGAAAUGAAUGUAAGUCAAUGUAAAGUCCCCGCAAGGAAUGAAAACACAGCGUGCAUGUGUGUGUGGAACAGUGGGGUGGGACUACACAGCAUAACACAUUCACACUGAGGGGAAUAUGAGGUCAGUAGAGCUGAGAAGUGAGGGAGUAAGUGUGGUAUUGAAACUCCUGUCAGAAAGACUGAAACUGGACACAGAGACAGAAUAGGAUAACUGCAUUUUGACAUGACAUGCUGACUAGGUAACUGUUGGACAUACAGCGAAGAACUGUGUGGGCUUUUAUCAAAGAGAAAGAGCAGAAAAGGACACAGGGGGUACUAUAAGAAUUCAAACAGAGCCAAAGGCAAGAAAGGAGCAGGAGUUACCUGAAACAUAACUAAGAUGGAGGUCUACAAUGUAACUGUGGCAACUGGUACAUCACAGUAUUCAGGCACCAACAACUAUAUAUUUCUGACUCUGGUGGGGGAGAAAGGGGAGAGUGAGCGCACCAUGCUGGACAACCCUGGACUGGACUUCUGUCGAGGAGCAGUGGACCAGUACAAGGUGACCAGUCAUAUUCCUUUAGGCUCCCUGCUACUGGUUAGACUGGAGAAACAGAGGUACUGGGUGGAAGAUAACUGGUUCUGUAGUUACGUCACAGUGGAGCCUCCAGGUGGAGACAAAGAUCUGACUUUCCCCUGUUAUCGCUGGCUUGUAGGGGAUGUCACAGUGGAGAUAAGAGAGGGCACAGCUAAGACACGAAGGGACGACUCCUUACCUCAGCUGCUGGCACACAGGAAGACAGAGCUUCAGGAGAGACAGAAGACCUACAGAUGGGUAACAUGGGCUCCAGGGAUUCCCAAAUGUAUUGACGCUAAGACAGAGGCAGAUUUACCCCAAGAUGCCCGCUUUGAAAAUGAGAAGAGAAGCGACUUUGAAUAUUCCUUACAGUAUGCCUUGCUAGAGUUGUCUCUGAAGAAGCUGGCCUUUAUGUUUGGGAAGUCCUGGAAUGACCUGGAUGAUUUCAAAGGGAUCUUCUGGAAGCUGAGAAGUCCCAUAGCUGAGUACUGUAUGGAGCACUGGAAGGAGGACUGGUUCUUUGGCUACCAGUGUUUGAAUGGCAGCAAUCCAAGGAUGAUUCAGAGGUGUACAAAGCUACCAGAGAACUUUCCUGUCACAUCCGACAUGGUGCAGAGCUCCAUGGCUUACGGGACCAAUCUGGACAAAGAACUCAAGAGAGGCAAUAUCUACCUGUUGGACUAUGCCAUCAUGGACGGAGUUCCCACCAACACAAUCAAGGGUAAACCUCAGUACAUCGCUGCUCCACUGUGUCUCCUGUACCAACACCCAGAUGAUGGACUCCUACCUAUUGCUAUACAGCUAGGGCAGACUCCAGGCCUGGACACACCCAUCUUCCUGCCCAGAGACCCACCUUUGGCCUGGCUCUUGGCUAAGAUGUGGGUGCGUCAUUCUGAGUUCCAGGUGUUCCAGCUGCUGUCUCACCUGCUCAGGACUCACCUGGUGAUAGAGGUGUUUUGUGUGGCUACUCUACGACAGCUGCCUGCUGUGCACCCUAUAUAUAAGCUCCUGGCCCCUCAUCUGCGCUACACACUAGAGAUAAACUGCAGAGGACGCACUCAGCUUAUCGCUCCUAAUGGCAUCUUUAAACGGGUUGUGUCUACAGGUGGUGAUGGCUUGUUGAUUCUGGCGCAGAGAGAGUACAAGGUGCUGACCUACCGCUCCCUCCAGCCUCAUAAUGACUUUAUGGACAGAGGAACGUUCCAGUUGUCAAACUAUUUCUACAGACAACACAGUCUGAUGCUGUGGGAGGCCAUACACAGUUUUGUCUCAGGUAUGGUAAGCUUGUACUACCAGUCAGACCAUGAUGUACAGGAGGACCUGGAGCUCCAAGCCUGGAUCCAAGACAUAACACAAGAGGGCUUCAUAGGGAUCCCCCAUUUUGGUCUGUCCAAUACACUGAGCACCAGAGAGGAACUGUCCACCUUGCUGGCAGUGGUCAUCUUCACCAGUACAGCCCAGCAUGCUGCUACUAACAACGGACAGUUUGACUGGUGUGCUUGGGUACCCAACACCCCAUGCACCAUGAGACAUGCCCCACCAACAGACAAAGAUGCUGUUACCAUGGAGAUGAUCAUGGCCAGCCUUCCUGAUGUCAGCCAGUCAUGUAUGCAGAUGGCUAUCACAUGGCAUCUGGGGCGAGCACAGCCAGACGCAAUUCCUUUGGGUCAAUACAGAGAGGAGCACUUCACCGAAGGGCAGGCCAAGGUGCUGAUUGACAGGUUCAGAAGAGAGCUGAAGGAGCUCGAGGGCCAAAUCCUGAGUCAGAAUGAAGGACUGGAGUUGCCGUACCUUUUCCUUCUGCCCAGCCGCAUAGAAAACAGCAUCACCAUAUAGAAAUACUAAGAAGCUACUCCAUGCAGGAUUACCGCUCUGAUUUCUUUUUACUUCAUUACUCUUUUUUCUAUUUAGAAUUGUUUUAAAAAAUUCUACAUUCCACCAACUGUGAUUCAAUAUUGUAAAAAAAAAAUCAUGAAAUUCAAAUAAGGAAAAUACUUUUUGUAUGAAAAAUGUUCUACUGUCAUCUGUUAAACCCUUAUGAUUUACAGUACAGUACAGUAGUACAUGUUUUUGUUCAAUAAGGAGUGUCCACCAGAAGCAGUUUGGUUGUGUCACAUCAACACCAUGGGCAACGUCUACUGAAUAUGGGUGAACAUGUAAAGUCUGUGUUGGAACUAAUGUUAUAGGUUUAUUUAAUAGUUUCAGUAUCGUCAGAUAUGAGUUUUCUAUCAUCAUUUUUACCUAAAUUGUAAGCAUAACUGAAGUGAAAUGUGCAGACACGACUGCUUUUGUCACAAAAUCUUAACCAUGUUUAUGCAGAUGAAAAAAUUAACUCUAUGAUGUUCAUAUUUAAUGAACUACUGUAUGUUAACAUGUCUCACUCGCUGUAGGUACUAGAUGGUAUGUGCUCAUUUAAAGUAAUGGGUUGCAUUGUAUUUCUGCAGAAGCAAGCCAAAUGUUUUAAGCUGAUAUUAGGUAAGGCGGGAGCAGUUUGUUUCCCAUAGGAUGGAGCUAGAGGUAUUAACUUAAGGUCAAAGAUUAUGCACUGUUCAUUACGCUUUCUUCGAGGAGGUAAUGGACAGAACUAUGAAUCCUGCCAAUUAUAUGGGCAAAACAAGGCUAGACAGUAGCUACACCUGAAGCUUGUUCUGGGAUUGGAUGUGAGCUUUCACAGAGAAGAA